AUGAACGAAAGUGCACCGCCUGUGCUUCAAGGAGGUGGCAUCCUCGGCCGGUUUGAGAAUGUCCGCGUGAAAAAGAGCGCCAAGAAGACCGUCACGUGUGAUGCUGCGACCCCGGAAUACUUGCGGCACGAUUUCCUGAAGCCACAGCACCUGCCAAUCGAGCGAGUUGAUGAAGAAGCCAACUUCAUUGCCACCAGUAACAUUAACGAGACUCGUUUCCACAAGGGUUUCCAUCGCCGCCACCAGGCCGACAUUCAGCAGGAUGCUGCUCGACUUGAGCACGAAGCGGCCAGAGACUGGGCUCGUCAGGAGCGGGCAGCUGCACAGGCUUCAGCAGCACAUCACCUGCGGGACAAGUGCACCUUCAACAUCCUUACGGGCGAAGGGGUGGGCAGAGAGUGCGAGUUUCGACACGUUGGGAAGAAGAUUCUGAACCCGUACGGCAGCAUGCAGGCCACCUUUUCGGAGCACGACAGGGAAGAGCGACACCGUGUCAAGAAUUCCAAGCACCGCUUCUUCGAGCAUCCUGCUCCGGAGAAACAGGUACGAGCAGCCAACCUCUUCACUGAGGGGCUUCAAGGUACGGUUCGAGAAUCUGCGGUUCUGGGCUACGGCAGGAGUGGUGUUUCCCGAACCCGGGCUCGUUCGUGUGGCGUUGCCGACAAUUUCGCUCACCUUCAAGCUCUUCCACCGGAGCCGGAGUACGAGGCACCACACAAUGGAAAUGCGAGUCAGAUUAUCUUGGGUUGA